UCCAUCACUCACACGAUGUUCCCUCUGGGUGACAGUCAGAUUCAUGAUAAAGCGCCUUUGUCAAAGAGUUUGUUACUAGUCCCAAGUGCCAUCUCGAUUCUGCUGACUCUGCUCUUCCAACAUUAUCAGAAGUUCUUUGCGUAUAACCUACAAGCUAUAAAAGAGGAUUUUCAGAUUUGGAGACUUGUAUGUGGAAGAACAAUAUGUCUUGAUUUGAAAGACACAUUCUGCAGCAGUCUGCUCAUUUACAACUUUAGAAUAUUUGAAAGAAGAUAUGGCAGCAGAAAAUUUUCAUCUUUUUUACUGGGCGCUUGGAUGCUCUCAGCUUUGUUUGAUCUUCUCAUUGUAGAAAUCACUCAGUAUGUAUUUGGCAUCACCAUCAACAGCUUGCCUUCUGGUUUCUUGGGUCCUACGUUUGCGCUGUUUGUUCCAUUUUAUUCCUCCAUUCCAAGAGUGCAGGUGACACAAGUAUUGGGUCACUUUUCUAUCACAAACAAAUCUCUGGUCUACAUACUGGGUUUACAGCUCUUAACCUCUGGUUCCUACAUCUGGAUUUUAGCCUUAAGUGGAUUGAUUUCUGGGAUUUGCUACAAUAGCGGUAUCUUGAAAAUUCAUCGAAUUCUUUGUGUACCCAGAUGGGUAGCAAAGAUAUUUUCUUGGACUCUUGAACCAGUCUUCUCAUCUGCGGAACCAACAAAUGAAGUUCGAGUGGGAAUGGGAGCAACAGUUGACAUCCAGAGGCAGCAGAGAAUGGAGUUACUGGAUCGUCAAAUCAUGAUGUCUCAGGUUGCCCAAAUGAGGCGGCAAAGGCAGCAGCAGGGUGGGAUGAUUAACUGGAAUAGACUGUUUCCUCCUUUACGUCAUAGACAUAAUGCGAAUUAUCAAGAUCAUCACCCGUCUGAACAAGGCAUACCUCCACCUACUGAGGUUUCUGAAGAGCAGGUCGCACGACUUAUGGAAAUGGGGUUUUCCAGAGGAGAUGCUCUAGAAGCUCUGAGGGCUUCAAAUAAUGACUUAAAUGUAGCCACUAAUUUUCUACUGCAGCACUGAUGGUUUUCUGCGUGAAGGAACUUCACCCCAUGGGUUUGUACAUGCCUGGGAGAGGAUCCAAGCCACCUGCUGGCCAGACUCACCAAGGUCAGCCCCACAAGAGCGUCGGAAGAGAGAAAAAGCUCCACGUGACGGGUGACUCAGAGUGAUGCUAAGAAAUUAUGUGAACUGUUCCCAAGCCUUCAGAUCACUUGGUGGUUUCUAGUCUGGUUAUGCUUUUCAAAGUAACUUUAGUUUCUACUUGUUACUGGAUAUCACCUAAGUUUAUUUUUAAAUAAAAUAGGUGGGUUUUUUCUUGUAAAUCCUUGUUAGACGUUAUCAGACUUUAAUGACUAGGAAAAAAAAAAAUCUCCAACAACUACAACAGCUAGAUUUACCUGUCAAGAAAAAUGAUAUUUUCUUCAUUUAAAAGUCUAAUUUCUCUAGCUUAAAUGUUAUUUUACAGUACUUGAUUUUUUAUUACAGUAAUAAGAGGUUUGAAGAUCACUUAAUUUACAACUCAAUAAAGGGUUAUGGGACUAUUAUGUCAUUCUUUGCAAAGUUUUAUUAAUGCCUGUAAUAUUUUAUUUCUCAAAUUUCUUUUUGAAUAAAAGUUGUCAUUCAGCACAUAAUAGACAGAUAGGAUGAGAGAAAAUUAAUGUGUGUAUGGUGAGCUACAGCAAGUGACCGCUGUAAAGUUGAAUUUUUACAAACUGAGCGAAUUGCUGUUCAAAUACGGGUCAUGAAGAUACUCACUGGAAGCAAUAAAGGUGAAUUGAAUGAUGCAAUAAGAUCAGAACUGGAA